AUGCUGCUGCUGCUGCUGCUGCUGUUCCUGCUAGGACCCGGGCCCCGACUCAGCGAGGCAACCAGAAGGUCACAUGUGUACAAGCGUGGUCUCCUGGAACUGGCAGGUACCUUGGAUUGUGUUGGUCCUCGAUCACCAAUGGCCUAUGUGAACUAUGGCUGUUAUUGUGGCCUGGGUGGCCAUGGAGAGCCACGUGAUGCCAUUGACUGGUGCUGCCAGCAUCAUGAUUGCUGCUACUCUCGAGCUCAGGAAGCUGGCUGCAGUCCCAAAAUAGACCGCUAUGUGUGGAAAUGCAUUGACCACCGCAUCCAGUGUGGACCUGCAGAGAACAAAUGCCAAGAAGUCCUGUGCAGGUGUGAUGAGGAGCUUGCAUACUGCCUCGCUGGGACAGAGUACCACCUGAAAUACCUCUUCUACCCCUCACUUUUAUGUGGAAAGGACUCACCCAAGUGCCACUGA